UUUGCUUCCUUCCCGCUCCAUCUAUCCACCCCUCCGGCAGCCGAAGAAGAGGGAGCGCCGAGCGCCAUGGCCUGCCUCACGGUCUACAGCACUUCGGUGACCGGCUCUCGGGAGAUCAAAUCCCAGCAGAGCGAAGUGACCAGGAUCUUGGAUGGAAAGAAUAUCAAGUACAACCUGGUGGACAUCUCCCAAGACAAUGCCCUUCGGGAAGAAAUGAGGACCAAAUCGGGCAACCCCAAAGCCAUUCCUCCCCAGAUUUUCAAUGGGGACCACUAUUGCGGGGACUAUGAACUGUUUGUGGAAGCAGUGGAACAGAACACUCUGCAGGAAUUCCUGAAGUUAGCCUGAGCGUGUUUCUUCCCUGCCCCAUCCCUCCUCCCCACAUGAAAACCACCCAGGACUUUGAAAUUCUGCAUUCCAGAUGGAUCACCUCCUAAGUGAUUGUCAGCUUUAUGCGACCAACCUCUUCUCAACUGCCUCUGAAUUGUGUUCCCUCUUUCAGUAUGGUCUCCAAAGACUGGCUCAUUCCUUUGAAUGCAGCUGGGCCUGUCUCCUCGUGCCUAUGGGGGUAGACUGAUGAAUCUUCUAAUUAAGAACCUUGGAAAGCAGAGCUUUCCCCAACCUUCCCCCCCCCCUUUUUUUUUUGAAGCUUAGCCUGUCCUUGAGAAUUAAAGGGGGAGCAGGUUGCUUCCCAUCUCAUCACCACACCUCCUCCAAUGUGCAAAUGUCAGUUUCUGUAGUUCCUCUUUCAUUCUAAGAACCCAGGAAACGAGAGCAGCAGACAUCUGCUCUUAUUGUGAUUACGGUUACCCAGCAAUGCAAAAAGCACUGCACAAGGUUUGGUGCUCCCAUUCCCUUCUCUGCCAGGGAGGGGGGGUGAGGUCGUGUAUGUACCUGUCUUAAACGUAGUGACGUAGCUCUGCCCGUCUUAAGGAAGUGGUUCUCAAGGGGAUGGCAAGAAUAUUUCUCGCAUUCCAUUAGUGCUUUUUCCUUGUGUUCCACGUGACCAUGGAAAACUCUUCCCCCCUCCCCAAGAAGGGAAGGCGAUUCCAGCUGUUCUUGCAUCAGCUGUUCCGGGCUUCCCCUUUUGGAACUGGCUUUUUGCAAACAUGGACCAAGUGCAUUUUCUUUUCUUUCUUUCUGAAAGCAAAAUUUAUAAACAGCCAUUUUUUGUUGAGAUGCCAUUAAAUAUUGCUAAAAACCUCCA